CUGGUCAAAAAAAGCAGAAAGUCACGCAAAUUGCAUGAUGGCAGAGGAAAGAAAGAGAAAAGCCUCAGAUGAGCAUAUCAAUACGCAAGCCAAAAGGUCUCGGGGUGGAGGCAAGAAAUGGCGCGUCAAUCGACAUGCCCAGUCCAAUUCCAAUCCGCAGAAGCCUGAGGGCAAUGUAGGCUUAUCGCCAGGAGAUGCUGGUGUUUGGGCAACGUGCGAAUUAGGCAGGGAAGGCAAAUGUGUUAUGGAAUUGAAAAGUCUAUUCGAUGAGUAUAUUGAACGACUUUAUGGCGCCGAAGGGCAAGGCCAGGGCCGAUCUCAUGAAGAACAUGAAGAAGGUAGCCCGUCAGGGGAUGAAGACAUCGAGGCUGAAAUCAAGAGGGAACUGCAUGGGAUGAAGAAGCCGGCCUCACGGAAGCUUUUUGAGCAUGUGCGACUUGAUAUUCAAUGUGUGAUGUUCUUCAGAACACGAAAGCCUGUCGAUCCAGUCAAACUGGUUCAUGCCAUCUGCGAAGAUGCGUUCUCGCUGCCAGGCCAGAAACGGACUCGUUGGGUGAAGCGACUGACCCCAGUGACGUUAAUUGGCAAGGCAACUGAGAAAGGUGUUGAGGAAGUAGCGCAGCAAGUAUUGGCACCACAUUUCCAUUUUGAUCUCGAUCGCGAUCAUGAUUAUGAUCAUGAUCGAAACGAAGGACGCGGAAAAAGAUUCGCGAUUCGUCCGACCAUAAGAAACCACAACACAUUGACAAGGGAUGGGAUCAUCCGAAAAGUGGCCGCCGCUGUCGGCCCAGGGCACAAAGUUGAUCUGAAAGGAUACAAUCUACUUAUCCUGGUGGAAGUCUACAAGAAUAUCUGUGGUAUGAGCGUUGUACCUAGCGACUUUGAAAAGUUGAAGCGGUACAAUUUGUCCGAGCUCUUUGACCCCGCCACAGCAGCGGGUCAACCCAGUGACACUAGCGAGUCAAAUCAGACAUCGCGUGUCAAAACAACGGCAAAUUUGCCGAGCUCCUCGGGCGAAGGCGAGCAAUAGCGACCAAGAUAGCGCAAGGGUGGAAGAUCUGCAACCUUCUUAGAGCCUCUCUUCCUACGAAGUACUCCGUGCGUGCGUGCGUGUACAACGGAAACUACCUUAUGUGCUUCUGUUGUACUACCUUCUAUCAUUGCAGAGUGCGGUUAAUUUCUCUUACUCGCUGUGGAUAUUUGCUUAGAGAGCCUAAAUUGAAUAAGGGACUGUUUUAAUUCUUCGGUCAUUCAGACGGCUCCGUUGGUUGGACUAAGCACCCAAGACAUUUCUUCUGGCUCCUUCCGCCUUUUCAUACCGCCAUGUUGAUUAUGCAAUGGUGAAUUAUAUUAUCUCUUUCGUGACUAUCUCCGCAGAAGUGGGCCAAAAGGGGUCUCGGCAUUUGAUAAGCCCCAAUUCAGAGAAUUUGGAAUGCCGGAUAAUUCUUUGACCAACCCAUGAUUGUUGACUAGC